GACUCGACUCGACUGAGUUCACAGCUACAAAUACGACGUCGUCGCUAUCUGUACGUUCUUCUCGAUUCUCAUCCCUCUUCUUCCGAUUGAUUUAGGUUUUAGGUUUCGAAUCAACGGAUUUGAAAGAGGGAAAUCAGAACCAAAGCCGAGUUCACAAAUUGUGGUUUCCGUCAAUCUAGGGUUUGAUUGAUCAUCUGAUCGAGCUGUAUUUGUUCUAUGAUCCUCUUAUUGCCUCGAAUCAAUCGAACAUCGUGAUAAAUAGAGACAGCCAGACUCCCGUGGUUCUUUGGGAUCUCAAUUCUCAGCAGUAAUCAUGGAAUAGUUGGUGUGUUCAGAAUGAAAGAAGAAGAGGAAGAUAGAGCUCUGUUAAGUAGUCUUGGCGUCACAUCAGCAAACCCAGAAGAGAUUGAAUAUGAUAUAUUAGAAGAGGCAAGAAACCAUGCUGAACAAGUGGGAGGAACUGCGGAUGAUGAACAUCUUGAGAGACGACAAAGCAAUGAACCAUCAUGCACCGGCAGAACGGAUGUCCUUAAUAAAUUAAGAGCCAUAAAUGUCGAAAUAAAUGCUGUUGCAAGUACAGUUGAAGAUGUGAAGAACUUUUCAAAAGCUGAAGAACAUGUACACAGCAGUGAUGAUGAGAACGGGUUGGGGGAUUUAGAUGGAGAACAAAGCAUCCUGCAGGCUUCUUCCAAUGAUCUGACCCUUCAGCAUGCUCUAGCAACUGAUCGACUGGAAAGCCUGAAGAGGACGAAGGCUCAGCUCGAGAAACAAUUUGCAAAUUUGGGCAAUGAGGGCUUUCCAGAAGGUAGUAAGCAUGCAAAGGUCUUGCAAUCUAUUGUCAAGGAAGAGCCAAAUCACAAGCGAAAGCAGAAAGAAAUCCCAAAAACAAAUAAGAAAUUGAAGAAACGGCAUAAAACAGUGGCCUUCAAUGAUGAUGGUGAUUUUGAUGCAGUUUUAAAUGCAGCCUCUGCAGGAUUUGUUGAAACAGAAAGGGAUGAGUUGGUUCGAAAAGGAAUUCUAACCCCGUUUCAUAACCUCAAAGGAUAUGAACGUCGCAUCGAAGAACCAGGACCAUCUCAUACAAUUGAAGAAGGCGAUAAAGGCAAUGAUCUUUCCUCUACCAGCAUAGCAAGAGCUGUUAAAUCAAUGUCAGAAGCUGCACAAGCUCGUCCUACAACGAAGCUAUUAGAUCCAGAUUCCUUACCAAGACUUGAUGCACCAACCCGUCCUUUUCAAAGACUUAAAACCCCUUUUAAAGUUCCUCAGUCCCAGGAGAGUGAGGGAGGAAAGUCUAAAGAUUCAAAUAGGAAAAAGAGGAGGCCUUUGCCUGGGAAGAGGUGGAGGAAGGUAGCAUCUCGUGAGGAUAAUUCUCUGGAAGAAAUUGAGGAUGCAAAAGGGUCUAGUGCUGAAGAAGAUAAUCAAGAAGGUGUUGAAGAUGUGGAAGGCGGUGAAGCUUCUUUUGUGACACUAGAAGGUGGAUUAAAGAUUCCAUCUUCUGUGUUCAGUCUGCUUUUUGACUAUCAAAAGGUGGGUGUACAGUGGUUAUGGGAGCUUCAUUGCCAAAGGGCUGGUGGAAUUAUUGGAGAUGAAAUGGGACUUGGGAAAACCAUUCAAGUCUUAUCUUUUCUUGGAGCUCUGCAUUUCAGUAAGAUGUACAAGCCUAGUAUAGUCAUAUGUCCAGUCACACUUUUGCGGCAAUGGAGGAGAGAAGCAAAGAAAUGGUAUCCAAGCUUUCAUGUGGAAAUAUUACACGAUUCUGCUCAGGAUGCUUCCUAUAAGAAGAAGCAAGCCAAGUCCGAUGAAAGUGAUUAUGAAACUACAUCAGAAAGUGAUGGAGGAGGAAGUUCAUUGCCAAGAAGCAACAAGAAGUGGGAUUCCUUGAUAAAUCGUGUUUUGAGAAAUGAAUCUGGUUUGCUGAUUACUACUUAUGAGCAGCUACGGAUCCUUGGAGAAAAGCUGCUUGACAUUGAAUGGGGUUAUGCGGUAUUGGAUGAAGGACACAGAAUACGAAACCCAAACGCAGAAGUUACUUUAGUUUGCAAACAACUACAGACCGUUCAUCGAAUUAUAAUGACUGGUGCACCUAUUCAGAACAGGCUAAGUGAACUGUGGUCAUUGUUUGAUUUUGUAUUUCCUGGAAAAUUGGGUGUUCUACCCGUAUUUGAAGCAGAAUUUGCAGUUCCGAUUUCUGUUGGUGGCUAUGCUAACGCAUCACCUUUGCAAGUAUCCACUGCUUACAGAUGUGCAGUUGUUCUACGCGACUUAAUCCUGCCUUAUCUUCUUCGAAGAAUGAAGGCGGAUGUUAAUGCUCAGCUUCCAACAAAAACCGAACAUGUCCUCUUUUGCAGCCUUACAUCAGAUCAACGAUCUUUAUACCGGGCAUUUCUUGCUAGCUCAGAGGUGGAACAAAUUUUCAAUGGAGACAGGAACUCCCUUUAUGGAAUUGAUGUAAUGCGUAAAAUUUGCAAUCACCCCGAUCUACUCGAGAGAGAACACGCUGCUCAGAAUCCCGACUAUGGAAAUCCAGAACGAAGUGGAAAGAUGAAAGUUGUUGCCCAGGUGCUCAAGGUGUGGAAAGAACAAGGCCACCGCGUUCUUCUUUUUGCACAGACUCAACAAAUGCUCGACAUUCUCGAGAAUUUCUUGAUUGCUGAUUGCUAUACCUAUAGAAGAAUGGAUGGUCAAACCCCUGUAAAACAGAGGAUGACUUUAAUGGAUGAAUUCAACAAUUCACCUGAUAUCUUCAUCUUCAUUUUGACGACAAAAGUUGGCGGCCUGGGGACGAAUUUAACUGGUGCCAAUAGAGUGAUCAUCUUUGAUCCUGAUUGGAACCCUUCAACGGACAUGCAGGCGAGGGAGCGUGCUUGGCGAAUUGGUCAAACAAAAGAUGUAACAGUUUAUAGAUUGAUAACCCGUGGGACGAUAGAAGAGAAAGUGUAUCAUCGACAGAUAUACAAACAUUUUUUGACCAACAAAAUUUUGAAAAAUCCACAGCAAAGACGAUUCUUUAAGGCUCGAGACAUGAAAGAUCUCUUCACAUUGAACGAUGAUAGAGAAAACGGCAGUACUGAAACAUCUAAUCUUUUCGGUCAGUUAUCCGAAGAUGUAAACGUCGUGGCCUCUCCUGCAAAUAACCAAGAUUUGCAAGGGUUAAACGGAUCAGCAAUUGUUAAAGAUGAUAAUGCUGCAACGGGAACCCAAAAGACGUCUAAAAAGAAAGAAAAGGGAACGACCGAUGAUAGCAAAGAAGGGGGAGGUGAGGAAACAAAUAUCUUGCGGAGUCUCUUUGAUGUUCAGGGGAUUCAUAGUGCGGUGAACCAUGAUGUAAUAAUGAAUGCUCACGACGAGGAGAAAGUGAGGCUUGAUGAGCAAGCUUCCCAAGUUGCACACCGAGCCGCCGAAGCACUACGCCAAUCACGAAUGAUUCGGAGCCGAGAAAGCAUCUCUGUUCCAACCUGGACCGGAAAAUCCGGAGCCGCUGGUGCCCCCGUAUCGACUGUAGUCCGGAAAUUCGGAUCAACCGUGAACUCCAAAUUGAUCACCAAAACCAAAACCGAAGAAAGAUCGACUAACAACCAAAAUAACUUCGUUGUUGGAGCAUCUGGCAGUAAAGCACUAUCGUCAUCCGAGUUACUUGCUAAGAUUCGAGGAACCCAAGAGCAAGCGGUCAGUGAUGCACUCGAACAUCAAUUGGGUGCGACUUCAAGUUCCGUUGGUAGAAACCGAUCAUCUAACAACUUGGGUGGGGCGCCACCGGAAGUUCUGAUCCGUCAGAUCUGUUCGUUUAUACAACAAAGAGGCGGAAGCUGUGAUUCCGCCAGUAUCGUGCAGCAUUUUAGAGAUCGGAUACCUUCGAAGGAUCUUCCCAUUUUCAAGUCUCUUUUGAAGGAGAUAGCAACGUUGCAAAGGAACCCGAACGGGUCCUCGUGGAUUCUAAAACCCGAGUAUCAAUAACACCAAUGGUCGGCUCGGCUUGGCUCUCUCUCGACUGCAACUUUAUCGGAUAUCGUCAGCGAAAAAUUUGGAGGUAAUUUUUUUACCACGAUUUAAGAAUUUUAACCCUGGGGUUUAUGCUGUUAGAACUCUUUUUAGCUGUUGAGAUCAUCGAUUCCUCCGAGUUAUAUAGAUUAAUUUGCCUUUAUAACCGU